CCCUCCCUGUCACUGCACACCAGCCAGGGGGUGUCCCUGGGGGACAAUGUCACCCUGCGCUGCCACCUGCCCCAGCCAGCUUCCCGGGUCCGGCUCUGCCAGGAAGAACGAUUCCUCUCCUGCAUGUACAAGCACCAGGUACAGAACAUGGCAGAGUUCUCCUUUGUUAGCACAAGUAAGGAACAUGCGGGGACAUAUCGGUGCCAGUACCAGGUGUCAGAGGAAUGGGGGGCAUGGCAGAAGAGUGACCCCGUGGAGCUGGUGCUGACAGAUCACAACUCACCCCCACCCAGCAUUUCCCUGAGCUGGGAGGGAUGCGUGGAGAUGGGGAGCAACGUCACCCUGUGUGUGGAGACAAGGACCAAUGUCACCAUCCAAUGUAGGAACAAGGAUAAUGGGACCUCCCUCCUCCUGCACAAGGAUGGGUGCUCAGCCCCUGUCCAGCGCCAGGAUCCUGAUGGUGCUGGCACGGCCUCCUUCCUCCUCUUUGGAGUGACCCUGGCAGACUCUGGCACCUACAGGUGCUCCUCUCGCAGCAGGAACUUCCCCUUUGUGUCCUCACCCCUUGGGGACAGCGUGACGCUGGAGGUGACUCCCACACCCACACCCUCAGGUAGUGCUGAGUUGGUGUCCCAUGGGAACCUGGUGCUGGUGGUGGUGAGGGGCUGCGCUGCUGCCCUCAUCUUUGGCCUCGGCAUCUUCUUUGUCAUCGAUGCCCGCAGGCACUGGAUACAUAGAU